AUGUCUAAUGGUCAAAAGGGCAUUGAGCCAACCACGAAACAAGUAAUACCCCAAGCAACUCAUAAGAGGUGUUAUAGACACAUUUUCAACAACUUGAAGGGCAAAUUCUCUGGUUUAAAGAUGAAAAGAGCCUUUUGGUCUACAACUAAAGCUUACAUUGUCAAGGAUUUUAACAUUGCAAUGGGACAGAUGUUGGAGUUAUCUUCUGAAGCACAUAGCUGGCUUUCUAAAUUUCCAAUUGAAAUAUGGGCAAGACACACAUUUGAUCAUAGGGUGAAAAGUGAACAUGUUGCCAACAACAUGGUGGAGUCAUUUAAUAAUUGGAUUGGUAAUGUUAGGGGUAAACUUAUCUUGACAUUGUUGGAAAAUAUCAUAUUGAAACUGAUGAACAAGUUACAUAAGAGGUUUGAAGAGGCAGCUUCAUGGCAAUCUUUGGUAACCCCUAGCAUUAAGAAGAAAUUGGAUGAAGUGAUUCUUCAGUCUAGGCUUUGUAGAGUGACUUUUGCAGGACAAAAAGAGUAUCAAGUAGUAGAAGGUGUGGUGUCUUAUAUUGUGAACCUACAAAGAAUGUCAUGUUGUUGCAAGAUAUGGGACAUAAGUGGAGUCCCUUGCAAGCAUGCAAAAGCUUGCAUUACUCAUAAGAGGAUGAACUUGGAGACCUAUUGUGACACAAUGUACUAA